AUGGUGUUGGCGCUUGUGGUCGGAGUGUUGUGCGUGUGGGGCCGCUUGACCGUCGCAAACCCUGAAGCGAAGCGGCUGUAUGACGACCUCCUCUCGAACUACAACCGCCUGAUCCGACCUGUGGGGAAUAACUCGGAUCGGCUCACCGUCAAGAUGGGGCUACGGCUCAGUCAACUCAUCGACGUUAAUCUUAAGAAUCAAAUCAUGACAACGAACGUUUGGGUAGAACAGGAAUGGAACGACUACAAGUUAAAGUGGAACCCAGACGACUACGGUGGAGUCGACACACUACACGUGCCUUCAGAACACAUAUGGCUGCCAGAUAUCGUGCUUUAUAAUAACGCGGAUGGCAACUACGAAGUGACGAUCAUGACGAAGGCCAUCCUCCAUCAUGAUGGAAAGGUGGUGUGGAAGCCUCCAGCCAUCUACAAGUCGUUCUGCGAGAUCGACGUCGAAUACUUUCCGUUUGAUGAACAGACCUGUUUUAUGAAGUUCGGGUCUUGGAGCUAUGAUGGCUAUACGGUGGACUUGAGGCAUUUAAAACAGACGCCAGACUCAGACCACAUAGGCAUGGGCAUAGAUCUGUCGGAGUAUUACAUCUCAGUAGAAUGGGACAUCAUGAGGGUCCCCGCCACAAGAAACGAAAAAUUCUACUCUUGCUGCGAAGAACCAUACCCCGACAUUAUCUUCAACCUCACUCUUAGAAGAAAGACCCUUUUCUACACGGUCAACCUCAUCAUCCCCUGUGUUGGGAUCUCUUUCCUAUCAGUCCUGGUCUUCUACUUACCCUCUGACUCUGGUGAAAAAAUCUCGCUCUGUAUUUCCAUCCUUCUCUCCUUGACCGUGUUCUUCUUGCUUUUAGCAGAAAUUAUCCCACCGACGUCCCUUACAGUACCUCUGUUAGGCAAAUAUUUAUUAUUCACUAUGAUGCUAGUCACAUUAUCAGUAGUUGUCACUAUCGUGGUGCUAAACGUAAAUUUUAGGUCGCCAGUCACCCACCACAUGGCUCCGUGGGUGCGGAAAGUCUUUAUAGAUUUUUUACCCAAGAUAUUGUGUAUACAGAGGCCAGAGAAACCGCCAGACGACGAUGAGAAUGACAAACCGACCGAGGUCCUGACCGACGUUUUUGGUCCAGACGACAUGGACGGAAAGUUCAAGGAAUGGGGCUGUGAGGAGUAUGAGCUCCCUGGCAUGCCGCCGUCCCCUCCACCCCCUCCAGGAGGGGACGACGAACUGUUCUCCCCUCCCCCCGGGUCCCCCUGCCGCCUAGACCUAGACGACGGCAGCCCAUCUCUAGAGAAGCCCUACGUGAGAGAGAUGGAAAAGACUAUAGAAGGCUCCAGGUUUAUCGCUCAGCAUGUCAAGAAUAAAGAUAAGUUUGAGAGUGUGGAGGAUGACUGGAAGUACGUAGCGAUGGUACUGGACAGAAUCUUUCUGUUCGCGUUCACGAUAGCUUGCGUCCUCGGUACCGCGCUCAUCAUAUUCCGGGCGCCAACCUUCUACGACAAUAGCAAGCCCAUCGAUAUUCUCUACUCGAAAAUCGCCAAGAAGAAAUUGGAGCUGCUAAAGAUGGGCUCGGAAGGGGACCCGGGUCUCUGA